CGAUUCCGCACCACCAACAUCCACCGCCGCCAUGAUCCUCCGACGCCCGCUCGUCAGCGCCUCGGCCGCCGUCUCCCUCCCCCGGACGUGCGCGCGCCACCUCCAGCACUCGAUCCCCAUGCGGCCCAUCCCCAAACCAACACCCUUCAUCCCGGACGCCGCCUCCCUCCUGACCGCCAUCGGCCGCGGCCUGAGCGCGCACGCGGGCAAGAUCCCGUCGUGGGACGCGCUCUUCACGCUGACGUCGCCGCAACUCAAAGAACUGGGCGUGGAGCCCGCGCGGUCGCGGCGCUACCUACUACACUGGCGCGAGAAGUUCCGCAACGCCGAGUACGGCAUCGGCGGCGACUGCGCACACGUGGCCGACGGCGUCGCCGAGCUGGCCGUCGUCGAGGCCCCCGUGCAGCCCAACCCCGCGCUCGGCAACACCGUGAGUCCGCGCUCGGCGGCGGCAACCGCCACGCGGAACCCCGCUACGCGCCGCGUGGUCGUCAAUGUGCCUGCGGGCGGCGCCGCGAGCGCGGAGCUGCAGCCCGUUAGCGGGGUGCUGGUGCAGGGCGCGCGCACGAUCAAGGGGAGCUAUGUCGAGCCGAUUAAGGGCGAGGGGAUGCGCGCGCGCAUCAGGCUGCAGGAGGGCAUGUGGGAGGAGAGGCGCGGGCACAAGGUCGACGGUGGAGAGCGGCGGAGAGCCAUGGUGCGCGCGAAGCGGCUGGCGGCGGAGAACAAGGAGAAGCGGGAGAAGGGUGAGAAGAGGUAGGGUGUACCCUACAGGAUGUAUUGAAUUGAUUGGAAUUGUACUAUUGGAAUUGUACUAUAUGUGCCUGAGGCACGGAGCGCCGUCGAGUCUGGUAUUGGUGAUCAACGCGAUGCGUGGAGGGUCAACAGAGUAACGCAGACUAUCCAUUCUCCAUCGCGAGUCCCGUCCUAUCCCGAGUCUCCCGCCCAAAAGAGCCAGCACCACAUCCCUACCGGUUCCACAUUCGCACCUCCUCACCUCUUCAAACCACCUU